AUGUCAGCCACCAACCACUCCAACACCAACCGUUUGCCUUUCCUCCUGAUGGGCAUCCCUGACCUGGAAGCUCUCCACAUGUGGAUUUCCAUCCCAUUCUGCUUCACGUACGUCAUGUCCUUGCUGGGAAAUGGCAUGGUCCUGCUCACUGUGGCGCUGGACAAAACCCUCCACGAGCCCAUGUACUAUUUCGUCUGCAUGCUGGCUGUCAUCGACCUCAUCUUCUCAACUGCCGUGGUUCCCAAAAUGCUGGCUGUGUUCUGGCUGGAUUCAAGGGAGAUUGCUUUUGAGGCCUGCUUCAUCCAGAUGUUCUUCAUCCACACAUUCACCGCAGUGGAGUCAGGGGUGCUCCUGGCAAUGUCCUUCGACCGCUAUGUUGCCAUCUGCAACCCCCUGCGGUACCGCACCAUCCUGACAACCUCGAGGACCCUGCAGAUAGGGCUGCUGUCUCUGGCCAGGGGCGCUGGCGUCAUGACCCCCCUGAUGUGCCUCCUCACCAGCCUGCCCUACUGCCGAAGCAGGGUGGUCCCUCACUCCUACUGCGAGCACAUGGCCGUGGUGGCGCUGGCCUGCGCCGACCCCGCUGCCAGCCACCUCUACAGCAUCGUCGUGGCGACGCUGCUGGUGGGGACAGACUCAGCUUUCAUCGCCUUCUCCUACGCUAUGAUCCUCAGGUCCGUGGUGAGGCUGCCAUGCCAAGAGGCUCGUCUCAAGGCCCUCAGGACCUGCGGGUCCCAUGUUUCCAUCAUCCUGCUCUUUUACGUCGGUGGCCUUCUCUCCAUGUACCUGCAGAUGUUCUCUUUCGGCUCAGCACCUCAUGUCCAGGUCCUGGUGGCUGAUCUCUAUUUGACGGUCCCUCCCAUGCUCAACCCCCUCAUUUACGGCCUAAAGAUGAAGCAGAUCCAGGAAGGGAUGCUCAAGCUGCUGGGGCAGUUGGUGCGACUCAGUGUGCCACAAGCUGACAAGGACAGGUCAGAUGCUGAGGAGAGGAGGCACCACCAGAAAAGGAUUGAUCCCAUUAUGGAAUAG